GUUGAUAUCACACAAGAAGAACAAACUCGCUCCACGCCGAUCGUUUGUUUGUUGACAUUAGUACGUCAUGCAGUUGUCUCGCGAUCGCGUUAGAGCGCCGCAUCUCGUAUCGAAAAAUGUUAAAUUACUACGUUAAUACAUAAAAUAAGCACACAACUCAUAUGGUGAGAGUACUUUUGUGAACUGUUCACGUUAUUGAACAUAUUUACGUGUACAACGGUGUUGUGAAUGAACAAAAAGAGCGGGGAAAAUUCAGUGGCAGUGACGAUCAUAAAUCUAUUUAUAGCGAAGCCUGUGGCGCGUUAUUGUAUUUUUUUGAGAUUGUAUAGUGUUAUGGUAAAAAAUAAUCAUUCCAACUGGACUUUAACAGUAAAAUAAUCAAUGUUUAUUUUCUGAACUAUGAAUUAAUUUAUCUUUACACAUAGAACUGAGCCGCCUAAACUAGUUGACAGUUCACAGAUACACACAAGCUAAAAACAUUGCGCAUGUGGGUGUAAAUUGAGCAGUGAUGUGAAAUUCUUGCGCUUAUCGAUUAGCUUGAUAAUUUCAAGGGCGAUAGUCGAUACGUCUUGUAUAAUAUGGUAUUCGUAAAUAUCAUUAUUACGGACAAAUGAUUACUGGAAACGUAAAAUAAUUAAAGUUUCAUGAGCAUAAUGGAGUCUCCUCAGACGAAUAGAAAUGAGUCUGAAGAAGCGAUGCGCAGUGCGUCGACUUCUAGUUCAAAUCAACUUUUCAUAACUGAAAGUUUAGAUCUACCAGAUGACACAUUCCGUAUGAGUCUUGAUUAUAUGUCAGUAAUCGGAGAAAAUGUUACAAUAGGUGAUAGAGACGCUUCUAUUGAUAACGUGACAAACAACUUAGUUACACAGACACCCUGUAAUACUCCCGUAGAGAUAGAUAACUGUUCCACACCCACUGAAGAGCACUCACCGCCUAUAUUAGAUACGCCAAAACGUACCGAAGACCUAAAAGGGUCGGCAACAAAACCAAAUCUACUCAAAUUAUCAUUAACUAAAAAUAUUGAUGACGGUUUUGUAAAGCCUAGCUCGGCCGCGGAGAUCAUGUCUCCCGCCAGAAUGUUACAAUUCGAGGUGGACAUCGCAAACAGCGCCACGCCGACUAUGAAAAGGGCAGUCAUCGAUUUCAACUUCUUUAAUGAAAAUAGCUUCGAAGAAUAUUUCGAGGAUGUACCGAAAGCCGCAACUGAUAACGAGGAGAACAAUAAGGCUUUUAAAGAAAUUCCGGUUAUUGUGAAGGCAGACACGAUUCGACAUGAAAUAGGUUACGUUAAUCUCAACAGCGCUUCUAAAGUGGACAUAUCACAUUUCGACUUGCUCAAAGUACUCGGAACUGGAGCUUACGGCAAAGUGUUUCUAGUUAGAAAAAGAUGUGGCGUCGACGAAGGGAAGUUGUACGCUAUGAAGGUGCUCAAGAAGGCUUCUAUUGUACAGAAACUAAAGACGGCGGAACACACACGGACAGAGAGACAGGUCCUAGAAGCUGUGAGGGUGUGUCCGUUCCUCGUGACCCUUCACUACGCUUUUCAAACCGAUGCCAAGUUACAUCUCAUUCUAGACUACGUCGCCGGUGGGGAACUGUUCACACAUCUUUACCAACGGGAACACUUCCAUGAAAACGAAGUUCGCAUAUACAUCGCGGAGAUUAUACUGGCGCUUGAGCAGUUACAUAAGCUCGGCAUUAUAUAUCGUGACAUCAAACUGGAGAACAUCCUUCUGGACGCGGAAGGACACAUAGUGCUGACAGAUUUCGGUCUCUCGAAGGAGUUCUGUGGCGGUGAGAGCAGGGCUUACAGCUUCUGUGGUACCAUCGAGUACAUGGCGCCCGAAGUCGUCCGUAGCGGGAGCCAGGGUCAUGAUAUCGCGGUAGACUGGUGGUCGGUGGGCGUCCUCACGUACGAACUCUUAACUGGCGCGUCACCGUUCACCGUCGAGGGGGAGAAGAAUACGCAGCAGGAGAUAACGAAACGUAUCGUUAGAUGCAGCUACCCGGUACCGAACGACGUCAGUCCGGAAGUACAGGAUUUUAUUAAGAAACUACUAGUGAAAGAUCCUCGGCGUCGCCUCGGCGGCGGAGAGGAUGACGCGGAAGAGUUGAAGCGUCACCCGUUUUUCCAGAACUUAGACUGGGAAGCAGUAGCUCGUCGCGAAGUACCGGCGCCUUUCGUCCCUCAGCUAUCACAUGCCGCCGAUACUUGCAACUUCGCCGACGAGUUCACGAGGAUGCCACCAACUGACUCACCUGCUCAAGCGCCCAAACAUCAUGACAAGCUCUUCCUCGGUUAUUCAUACGUAGCUCCAAGUAUACUCUUUUCUGAGAAUGUAAUCUCCGAUCAGAUAUGGAUGCAAGCUACCGGACAGAAACACGACAAACUUAAAGGAUGGGUAGCGAAGGAUUCGCCCUUUUUCCAAAAGUACGCUGUGGACCUGAGUACGCCCCUCCUCGGAGACGGAUCGUACGCUGUCUGUAGGAAAUGUAUACACAGACAAACGGGCAAAGAAUACGCUGUAAAGAUAAUAUCAUCGCAGAAAAAAGACGUCAAACAAGAAAUCGAAUUGCUCAAAGCGUGUCAAGGAUGCCCUUACAUCAUAACAUUACAUGAAGUGUUCCACGAUUCGGCGUUCACGUACCUGGUGACGGAGCUGGCGCCGGGCGGCGAGGUGUCGGCGCUGGUGGGCGCGGGCGGCGCGGGCGAGCGCGCGGCGCGCCGCGUGCUGGUGCAGCUCGCGCUGGCCGUGCGGCACAUGCACGCGCGACACGUGGUGCACCGCGACCUCAAGCCCGAGAAUAUUCUUCUGAGUAGCACACGCUUAAACGAAGCGAAGGUGAAAGUAGUCGAUUUCGGCUUCGCGAGACGGCUGCCCGAAUGCGACGAACGGCAGCGGAUGAUGACGCCGUGUUUCAGCCUGCCGUACGCGGCGCCCGAGGUGGUAUCGUGCGCGCGCGGUGGCGCGGCGGGCUACGGCGCAGGCUGUGACCUGUGGAGUCUGGGCGUCAUAUUCUACUGCCUGCUAUGCGGCAAGGCACCAUUCCAACCUAUCUCCAAGAAGGAACCUGUCACGGCUUUCAUGGAUAGGAUCAGGAGCGGCAGCUUUACCAUGGAAGGUCCAGCGUGGGACAGCAUAUCCGAGGAAAGUAAGCGCCUCGUGUCGGGUUUGCUCGCAGUGGAGCCCGCUGAUAGGUUGACUGUCAACGAAUUACUACAAGAAUUGGGAGUUAACAUCCAAGAUGGAAACAACUUCAAACUUCAGGAUAUGACCAAAGCUGAUCUCUACAAGCGUCGCAGCAAAAAUAAACAAAGAAAAUCGAGCACUUCCGAGCCCGGAACAUCUAGGCAAACGGAAACGAGCACGGACACCGAGGAAUGCAAGGAGACGUCGCUCAUGGAGACGAUAAACAACCUCAAGAGUCGAAUGAACAAAAACUCCAUAGAAAAUGACGUGGAACUCAUCAAGGCCAACACACAAGUCACGCCCGUCAACGAGGCUGACGAACCGAGCUUCGACAUCAACGAAGAUAUACCCUCGGUUAAACCGGUUGAAAAGACAUACGGUAAAUCUAGGUCUAAGCUAGACGAAUAUAUUUAUAUAGAAAGCAGUCAGGGCUUAGAGGACACGGAAGUCGCCUUCCCUAAGACGAGUCGGAAGAAGAAAGAGUCACAAUCGCCAGUACCGAGGAAGCGCAGAAAAAUAGAUCGGUCCGCCAAAAAACAAAAGGUCAACGGUGACACUAAAGACUUGAAAAAUAAAACACCAGAGAAACGUGGCAGGGGACGGCCCAAGAAGAUUCCGGAAGCGGACACGAAGAAAUCUAGGACAACCAAAGAGUCUAUCGAAAACGAUAAAACUAUCGUCACUAGAGCGACUCGUAAACGUAAGUACGAGGAAAUUGAGAAGCCGGUUCUCAGAGAAAAGGGCCAGAACGGCCGACAGUCGAGAAAGGCGAGUGCAGAAAAGAAAACUGAAACGCGCAAGAUUGCUAAAGCAAAACGAACCUUAGAGCCAUUACAAUUAGACCUACAGGACACACAAAACGUUAGAAUGACUCGUUCGAGAAGGAGACGCCUGGAAAUAAGCCUCUCUCCCUCCGAAGUCAAGAGCGUCAUACCAGCUUUUUCAUUCGAAUCCGACCGAAGAGUUAACUCGAUCGAGAGCAAUCGAUCCAAAACUUCUAAUGCCAAAGGAAAAAAUAACCUUAAAGGGAAGAAGAAUACGAGUAAAGCGAAAAAGCCCCCAGCCCGCACCACGAGAACUCGCGCCAAUCGUAGGUGAAAUAAAGUCUUUCCUACACAAGUAAGUUCGAUUUAAUUUUCCAAAAAAAAAAUUAAAUAUAACGCCAUCCGUUAUCAACUAUAGACAAUUUCAUUAUCCUUUAUAGUCUGUUACGCCGUCUGGCAACUAAAUAUAUUAUCUAGUUUCGAAAAUUCCAAUAUGGCGUUCAGCUAUUUAACCUCGAAAAAUUCCAAAUAACGAGACAGAUAGUGAUGCAGUAAUUAAUGAAAAAAAAUUAACGACGCUUGCUCACGCAUAGUUUAGUAAAAAAAAGAUUAUUUAUUCAAAAGAGUAAGUUAUAUUUCUCUAGUUAGCUGCUCCAAUCUAGUUCGAAAUGAAUUAACAGUAAACUGUUUUUUUUUUUUUAAUUCUUUUAUUUAAUGUUACUACUAAUUUUUAAGUCACUCUUUUUCCUUAUUAUUACCAUUAGAGUAAUUCUUUGAUGUUGGUUAUUAUGUAUUUUGAAUAGAUAAUUAAUAAUUAAUUAAUAGGUAAUUUUGAUGUGUGGUUGAGCACUUCAUCCCUUAGCUGAAAUUAAUUUCUAUUUCAAUUAUCCGGCAACGACUUUCUGAUUAAAUGUUGGGCGUAUAUGAUUUAUUAAAUUCUAAUUCGUUGUUCAAAGUAUAAUGAACAAUUAGAAUUUAAGAUUUAUCGUAAUUUAAUCUUAUAAUCCUAUAUUUUAAAUCAGAAAGCAUCAAAAUGGUUUUUAUAGAUCUCUAUUGUUUAAAAAAAAAUAGUUUUGUGUGUGUAUAUUUGUUUGAACGUAGAUUAAUAGGUUAAAUUUGUAAAUUAUCAUUAAUGAUGACAUUUUUACAUAUACUUCCAUUUAAUUAUCCAAAUUAUAUAAUUUUGUGUAUGGUGAAAGUGCCAAAGCAUGCUUAAAAAUGUUGAGUAAAUUUAUAUAAAAAAACGCACGCCUUUUUAUGUAUCUUGUAACACAAUAUUUUCUUUGAUUGUACUUUCUCAAUUUUUUUUCCUCCAUUGUUUUAAGCGCUUUUACCAAAUAACAAUUGUUUGAUUGUUUCGAUGUAUAUAAAUUUAGUGUUUAGUACAAAAAAAAACGGUGGAAGAAUUAAUAUAAUUUAUGGAAAAUCUCAAAAAAAUACGCCACUGUCGAUAGCUGAAGGCAUAUCAUUGGUGUUUAAAAAAAUCAUUUGCUAAAUUUCUUUUUCAAUGUAAUUUCGUGUCUUCGACUUGUAUGGUAUAAAAGUGUGUUCAUAUAAUAAAAAUAUGUCCUAUAUAUAUUAUAUAUAUUUAAAAUUUUAUAAAGGCAACACAACGGAUGAAAUGUCACAAUAUUUAUAUACCGUUACAAAGACUAAAAGCAAUAACAAUAAUAUUGAUAAAUUGAUUCAUUUAUAUGAGAAAAUGCUUUAUAAAUUGUUACAUCUGCAUAAAUAUAUGUAAUUUUAUCAUGCAAUAAUUCUGUUGUAUUGCCAGUUUUAUCGUUGGAACAUUUGUAUAAUUAAACAUGUACGAGUUUAAACAAAAUAUUAUCAAAAAAAUGUGAAAUAUACUCGUAUUUAUAGAUUUAAUAAGCAAGCUGUGGUAAUUCUUUACUUAGAUUAUAAAAUAAAAAAAAAAAAUUAAUUGAACUUAUAUCAAAAAUAUUGUAAUUUGAUGUAAUCUUAUGUUGAUUUGAAAACAUUGAAAUGUAAUUUUCUUUAAAGAUAUCUGUUUAACAUGUAAAAUUAUUGAUUUUGUAAAAAAUAUGAAUUUCAAAAGAGAUUUGAUAUGGUAUGUUAUUCGAUUCUAGAAUUAUAACAGCAUCCCAACAAUAAUCACUAGGUCACACUAUCCCUAAGUAACAACAAUAAUCAAGUUUGAAUGCAACUGAUUGUUGAUUGUAUUGCCAAUUACAAUUCAGACUAAUAACAGAAUACAAGUUAACAAAAAUUUUUUUUUUUGCAAUGUAAUUCUCCAAUAUUUUAAUUUUUUAAUAACAUAUUUUCUUUUAUGUAAAAGAUUAUUUCGAUGCUUUUUCUAUUUUCUUGAAUACUUUUCUUAAAAUGCAAAAAGUAUAUUUUUUAAUUACUAUAUAAAUCACUUUGUUAUCAUCAUUUUUCCUAAUUAAAAGUGUUCAUGAAAAAUCAAUAUUUAAUAUUGUUUUGAAAAGACCAAUACCAAAAUUAGUAAUAAAAAUAUCAGUUUGUAUACGUUGUCAAAUUUAAAUAGAUUGGCAGGUCUCCUAUUAUUCGUAUUGGAAAAGGUAUUAUCACAGCUUGUUUCAUAUAAACAGCAUAAUAAGGCAAGUCAUUAUAGACGCGAAGUGAAUAUUUGGUAGGAAAUUAAAAAUUUCCAUUCGCUUGAGAUAAGUACUACGUCAGUAAGUCGUAAUGUAUGUAAAAGUGCACUUAAAUGGAUUGAACCAAAAGAUUAUAUAAUUUUAUAAUAAAGUGAUAGAAGUUAUUAUUGUAGUGUCGGCGUUAAACAAAUUUUGUAACAUGUUACACAAAUGCCGGCCGAGAUAUUGGAUUGUAAUAAAUAUACCAUUUUAACAUUU